AUGCCUCCUAAAGAAACGUCGGAUCGUGCAACUCGUCUAGCAGCAUUGUUAGCAUCAAAAAAUGCAUUAAUUCGUCGGGAGGCAGCCGAUGCUCUGGGACAUUUCCCUUUUGCAAACCCCCAGAUUCCAAAAUUACUCCGGGUUUCUUUGGUAGAAACUCAACUUUUACCUGGAGGGCUGUCAAAAGAUAAUGCUGUUAACUCUAUUUUCAGUGAUUAUCUGCAUUCUACUUCGUGGGAGACUCGAGUUGCAGCUUCUGAGGCUUUACAAGCAGUUUUAAAAACCACUCCUACUUCAUCUGAUGAAAUAAUUCCUUCUGUCCUGUUGUUCUCAUCGUUGGAUCUUUUUACGACUGUUCGAGAUUUUUAUCCGCUUUUGAGUUGUGAGUCAGAAUUAGUGACUCGAGUUGGGAGCACUAGCUCAUACGGCGAACAGCGUAAAUUGGUGGACGAACAGCUGGAGAUGCAGUAUGCUGCUGGAAUUUCUUCUAAAAGCUUUAUAACAGAAGAAGAUUUUGGGCCUGUGACAGAGUCGAUGUCAGAACAAAAGCUUCGCUUGGAUACGAGUGCUCUCUCGAUUAAAGAAGAGGAAGCAGUGGACGACUAUGAUAGUGUCGUAAGGUCUUUUUGUAAGGAUAUGAUUGAUGACUUGGCUAAUCCAAAGUGGGAAAUAAGGCAUGGAGCUGCCCUGGGACUUGUAGUCUUGUUGAAGUUUGCUCGUGCAAGUCUCACUUCCUCUCUUAUCGAUGUGCUCUCGGUGCGCCUCUUCCAAACUUUGGCACUUGAUACCUUCAUUGAUUUUGCCUCAGGAAGGUCAGCUGUCGGCCCUGUAAGGGAAACAGUUGCAGAAUGUAUUGCAUCUUUAAUUGUUGCUUUUCCUCGUGGUGAGUUUAUAGAUUUAAUCUUGAAACAUCUGAAGGUUUUGUAUUCUAUGGAUGAUGCCACUUGGGCCAAAAUGGGUUUCGAUUACCACUCGGAGGCUCGUAAGCAUCUUUGGUUGCAACGCCAAGCCGCUGUCCUGGUUUUGAAAUAUCAUCUAGCUGGACCGCUGUUCUAUCUGAAAUUUAAUGAUUUUUAUGGCAUUAUAUCACGUUCUUUUGAAGAUCCACAUGAUGAGGCAGCGGUGACGGCACUGUAUUGCAAGAAGGAUUUGCCUGAGGAUAUAAGUGAACAGCUUUCAAACGUUGAGGAGAUUGUUUACCGUUUCAUUGAUUCUGCUUGCAGUUCAAGCAAACAACAGUUUGUUGAUGUUGACACGGUUAUUGUUGAUCUCUUGGCUUUAUUGCUCAUUUGGAUGGAUGGAAAUAAUUUGCGUAAUUUACCGUACUCAGUUCUUAUAAGUCUUUCUCAUCUGUUAAAUCCUUUACAUAUAACCAGAUCUCUGAGAAUUGUUAACGUAUUCUCCACAUCUUUCUCAAGGACUUUAUUCAAAAGGGAAGAAGCAGAUACAGAAUUUGAAAAUUGUGCGAUGGAAGUGAUUUCUUCUCUUUAUCGUUUGGUCCUUUUUGCCGCUCCACGUGGUACUGAUGAGCUUAUUGAAGCAUCAAUUUUAUGUUCAUAUUGUAUUGCUUCGCAAUUUUUGACCUUGCAUCGGCUGCCAACUGCACUGGUGGAGACUAUCGGUCGAUGGUCUGCCUGUCUUUUGCUAGAUGCAAAAAAUGCGGAAAUUGAACUUGUAGAAUAUAAUGUCAGCAAAGACGGAGCUCCCGGAAAAGUAGAGUCUCUUUGUGGAGAAGAAGUACGUGCAAUGAAUGACAUGGAGCGUAUCGAUGCUCUUUUAACUAGGAAGAUACAAAUAGCGCGGUUUUUGGCUCCAUUGGUUUCAGCCAUUUAUGAUUUCCCUUCAGUGAUAGGUGGACAGUCUUUGUGUGAGGCACUACAAUUAUUGGUUUCACCUAUUUUAACGUCUGCAUUACUUAUGCAUCGAUUAGGGGGCUCUUUAUUGGUUCAUAGCUGGCGUGUCGGCAAGAAUACAAACCCACCCGUAUUUGUCAUAACAUUAUUACAAAAAAUGGCUCUCUCUUCAGAAGUUUUCUACGAUGACGAAAAAUUUUUCUUCCAUUAUUUGGACAGUGCAUACAAAGAAUUUGCGAAUUACUGCAGAAAGAAGGGAGUAACAGACAAAGAAGUUUUUAAAAUUGCAGAAGAAGGGGAAAGCUUGGAGUUGAAUGCCGAGAAACUUUAUGCCAUUUGCUCUGGAAGGGUAAAGAAGGACGAAGACGUGAAUUGUUUGGGACUGCGUUACAACAGUUUUAAAAAUGUGGUUGCCACUGCUAAGGCUGUUAUGACAGCUAACAUCACACGUGUUGGAGCAUUAGUCGUUUCUGCACUUUUAUUAGCAUACCCUCGUAUUCUUCUCGAAUCUUCUACUCUGAAUCCAUUUAUAAAACCACUACUUGGGCUUUUGCGCUAUGAAGAGAAUGUAACAGUUGCGAGGCAUAUCUUGAAUUCACUCCCAGUUUUGUUUAGGAUGACUUCAGAAAAGGUACCAUGCCCUCACGCCAAAAUGGUCAAGCAAAUAGUUGCCUGUCUUACUACUUGUGACAACUUUUUUACUUCAGAAUAUGAUACGAUGACUGAGAUAUUACUGUCGCAGAUCCCUCACUCUGCCUCCUCUCCAUCUUCUUUGGUUGCGGAAUCAGCUAUACGUGCACUAACUGAUCCUUUUGCCGCCGCUGACUUGAAUACCCUACUUGAGUUCAGGAAACGAGAAUCUACAAAAGAAUCUGCAAUGUUUAUGAUUGCGUAUGGGAUAUAUUGUGAUGAAACAAGACAUCUUGGUUUGGCCGUACCAUCCUCAAUUCACGAUUUUCUGUCGUUUCUAAAGGAGAGCCUGAUCUCGGGGAACGCGACGAUGCGGUAUUGCAGUGCGCGUUGCAUCGUUGAAAUCGCGAGAUUAGAUGGAAUGUUAUCGGAAGUACUGAAGGAAGUAGUCGUGCCAAUUUCUGACCUUCUACAAUCUGGUGUAACUUCUGUUGCAUCAAAGUGUGGUUUAGCAGAACUCACAUUCCUUUUAAGCGAAUUGAAUUUAGAGGUACUUGGAGGUCUUCGAAUAUUAGCUCCUAUUUCUUUACGUCAGAUGUCGGAUAACUGUGAAUAUGUGCGUGAGGCGGCAUCUAUCAGUUUUCGUAAUUACGUGCCGCUAAUGGUUUUAAAAACAAGUACGCGGGAGGAAAGGACAAUGACCGCAAAUGAUUUGGCAGAUAAAGACGUUACCGACUGUUCCAUGGUUCUUUUGCUGGGGGAUCCUUCGAAGUUGCCUCCAUUAGAUCUCUCAGAAAUACAUGGUCUUGAAAAGAGUUUUUCACUGCGCCGUUAUCAAGAGGAGGGUAUUCGGUGGAUGUCUUUCAUUGAACAGUGUGGAGUUAAUGGAAUUCUUGCUGAUGAUAUGGGUUUGGGUAAGACUCUGCAAACACUUUGUCUUUUAGCGAUGAAAAUACGUGGAAAACCCUCUGCUAAGGUAUUGAUAGUUUGUCCUCCUACUUUGGUGAAUCACUGGGUCACCGAAUGGUCCAAAUACUUUCCUUCUUUACCCCCUUUUCACUCGGUAGACGAAGGAGUAAGAGAACGGCGGUGGCUAGCAAUGGGGAAAGAUCAAUUUGUUACAGUUGCGUCGUACAAUACUUUCCUAAUGCCUGGGUAUUUGGGAUCGAUGAAGCAGUUUAAAGGGACAUUUUUAAAAUUCAUCAAUGCGUGUCGAAGUGUUAAUGCGACCCCCAAGGAAAUUGAGGAGGGACAAAAUGCAUUGGAUCGUUUGCACAAAUCAGUUCUUCCUUUUGUCAUGAGGCGUUUGAAAACAGACGUACUGGAGGAUCUUCCAGAAAAAAUUGUGCAAGAUUGCGUGUAUGAGAUGACAGAUGUUCAACGCAAAUUAUAUGCUCAUAUAGUAGAACAAUGUAAUGUUGGGCAGUCUGGUACAGUUCGUGCCAGUGGUCUCAAUGCACUUGAGGUACUGUCAGAACUUCGAAAGUGCAUAGUUCAUCCUGUCUUGGUCAACCAUAAAGUUUCUAACGGAUUCUGCGCUGGUGAGCUGCAAAGGACGGUUGAGGAAUCUGGAAAGCUCGUAGCUUUACGAGAGUUGUUUAGGCAAUGUGGGAUCGGCGUUUUGGAGAAUUACGAAAUUGAGGAUUGCACUGUUCAAGACAGCGAAGCUUCUCAUAUGGACUCACACCGGGCUUUAGUAUUUUGCCAGCGACUUUCAACUGUACAGCUGAUUGCAGAGUUCAUUGAUUUAGGACAACUAGGCUCAAAUAUAAGGUAUUCGGUUCUAGAUGGUACUGUUCCAGUGAAUCAGCGACAUGGGGUUGCAGAAAAUUUUAAUCGAGACGUCGGAAUUGACCUUUUGAUUCUGACGACUAGUGUUGGCGGAGAGGGUUUGAAUCUUACUGGUGCGGAUGUAGUCAUAUUUGUAGAGCAUGACUGGAAUCCGGUAAAGGAUCUGCAGGCCAUGGACCGGGCUCAUCGUAUAGGGCAAAAACGUACCGUUAAUGUUUACAGGCUUAUAACAAAGUCGUCUAUUGAAGAAAAAAUAAUGAGGUUUCAGAAAUUCAAAUCGGAUACUGCAAACGUCUUGGUUGGUGCCGACAACAAAUCUUUACAAACCAUGGCUACAGAACAAAUCGUUGAGCUUUUUGCGCUUGAUGGUGCAGAAGGUCCUUCAGAAGUUUCAUCACGACCUGUUAAUAAAUCAAAGAAGAAAGAAGGCAAAGGGCCUUUCAACGUCGAUGAUCCUGAAAGUUGGGAUAUUGAAGAGUUGUGGAACCAUUCUCAGUAUGAUCGUUAUAAUGUUGUCAAUAUUGCUCAAAGUGCUGAAGACAUAAAUGCGAGGGAAUUAAAACGACAAUACCCCAAUGAUUCAGAUUUACCGGCGAAUAAACAGCGUCGAGAUGUGUAA